AUGACUUAUCCUUAUGGAAUUGUGGAAGAUGUUCUAGUGAAGGUGGAUAAAUUCAUUUUCCCAGCUGAUUUUGUGGUUCUUGACAUGGAAGAAGAUGCUAAAGUCCCAAUUAUAUUGGGAAGACCAUUCUUAGCAACAGGAAGAGCAUUGAUAGAUGUAGAACAAGGACAAUUGAUGUUAAGAGUGGCAGAUGAAAAAGUCACAUUUUCUAUGACUGAAGCAGUGAAGCACAAACUUGACAGAGAGGACUGUUUCAAAGCUGAAAUAAUUGAGUCUCUUGUGUUGGAGGAGAUAAAUUUCCAUGUAAAGCAGAAUCCAUUAGAGAGAACUCUACUGUCAGGAAUGGAAGCAAAGGAGUUGAAAAGAGAAAUUAAUGAUGAAGAGGUGGUGAAGUGUGCUCAUCAAUUGGAAGUGCUGAAGCCAAUAUUCAAUUCCACUAGAGGAAUAGAAGAUUUACACAAGAGUGAAGAUGGAGGAGUAGAAACGUCCAAGGUGGAAUUGAAACAACUCUUUUCUCACCUUAAAUACAGGUUCCUUGAUGAGCAAAAGCGUAAUCCAGUAAUUGUGAGCAAUGAACUUUCAUAUAGUGAAGAAGAUAAACUUUUAAGGGUGUUGAGGGAGUAUAAAUCUGCCCUUGGGUGGAAAAUUGAUGAUUUGCAAGGUAUUAGUCCUACUGUGUGCAUGCAUAAAAUUUAUUUGGAAGAGGAUUUCAAACCUGUGCGGCAACCACAAAGGAGGCUCAACCCGACUAUGAAGGAAGUGGUAAGGAAAGAAGUAAUUAAAUUGCUAGAUGCAGGAAUUAUCUACCCAAUUUCUGAUAGUGAGUGGGUAAGUCCUAUUCAUGUUGUACCCAAGAAAGGAGGAAUGACAAUGGUGAUCAAUGAAGCCAAUGAGCUCAUUCCUACAAGAAAAGUCACAGGGUGGCGGAUGUGCAUAGAUUACCAAAGUCUGAAUCAAGCCACAAGAAAGGACCAUUUUCCACUUCCAUUCAUAGAUCAAAUGGUGGAAAAAUUGGCAGGGCAUGCAUACUACUGCUUUCUAGAUGGGUACUCGGGCUACAACCAAAUAGCAGUAGCUCCUGAAGAUCAAGAAAAGACAGCAUUUACAUGUCCCUAUAGCGUCUUUGCUUAUAGGAGGAUGCCCUUCGGUCUCUGCAAUGCGCCUGCAACAUUUCAAAGGUGUAUGUUUUCCAUCUUUUCUGAUUUGGUUGAAAAUUGCAUUGAGAUCUUCAUGGAUGACUACGAGAAAAUCACAAUGGAAUUCUUGAGUUCUGUGAAAGCGGAGAUACUACAAGGAAAGGAUUGUGAGGAAGGAUUGAUUGAAUUUAGAUUGCAUAAUUCUACUUACAGACUCACUCUAGUUGAGUUUAAUGCAAUCUUUGGUUUUCCAACUUGA